AUGGCAGUCACAGGCUUGGCAACUCCUCGUUUAGAUUGGCAUGCCGCCGAUCUUCCACAGGCACUCAAAAAGUUCAAAGCAGUGUGCGAGCUCUACUUCUCUGGUCCGUUGAAAUCCAAAUCGGAACAAGAAAAGAUUAGCUAUCUUCUCAUCUGGACAGGAGACGAAGGAAUUGAACUAGGAUCAACUUGGGAUUUAUCCGACGAGGAGAGGAAAAAAUUGAAUACAUAUUGGACAAAAUUCGAGGAAUAUGUCGCCCCAAAGAGCAACUUCAGGCUAGCAAGGUAUAAACUACGUACUCUUAAACAAGCUGAAGGUGAGACAAUAGAUUCAUUCUUAAAGAAAGUUAGAGUUCUAGUAAGUGAGAGCAAGUAUUCUAAUGCAGAUGAACAUCUUAUCGAUGCUCUAAUUUUUGGCUCCAAUAACUCAAAUGUGCAAGCCAAAUUACUAGAACAAGAUUCGACCCUGACCUUGGACAAAGCUAUAGACAUAGCCAGGACACAGGAAGCCACAAGUACACAGUUGGCAGAUAUCAGGGGUCCCAGUAACUCAAUACAUGGCUUAGAACAUAAGAAUCGUAAGAAACAGCAACAGCAAACCCUAGAUAAAAGCAGCAUGAAAGUAUGUGGGAAUUGUGGACGUAGCCAUGAUCUAUCAAGUCGCUCACUCUGUCCUGCAUUCAAUACAAGAUGUAAAAACUGCAACAGGUUACACCACUGGGGAAGGGUUUGUCGUUCAGGGAAGCAACUGACUUUACAUGGUAAAAACCAUGGAAAGCCCCAACAAUAUCCAAAGGGAAAACCCCAAAAGCAGGUGAACUCCCUAGAGCAACAACCUGAUCAUGCAGACCCAGUAGUACCACAACUAUAUUUUCACUCCAUUAGCAUUCAUAAUUUGAAUGAGUAUAAUACGCAAGCCAUUGUUGAUCUAAAUGUCAGUUCAGAUCAAGUUACCAAGUCAGUGCCUUGUAAGAUAGACACUGGUGCCGAAGGUAAUGUGUUACCUCUUGAUAUGUAUAAACAACUUUACCCUAACUCACAUUACAAUUUGAAUGGCAAACCUUCUGGUCUAAUACCAUCUAAUACCAGAAUUACUGCAUUUGGUUAUCAUAAAAUUGAACAUUAUGGCAUUUGCAAAUUACACCUAACACACAAUGGGAACACUACCGAGUACCCCUUCCAUGUAGUCAAUACUAGUGGCAUGACCAUCAUAGGGCUACCAACUUGUAGAAGCAUGAACUUGGUAACCUUGCACUAUAGUAUUGAUCUUGAUACAGCCAAACCACCAAUGUCAACAUCUAAUGGUGAUCUCAAAGCUAAGAAAGACAUACUUUAUGAGUAUGGUGACGUGUUUAAUGGGAUUGGAUGUUUUAAUGGUGAGUUUCACAUAACAUUAGAUCCUUCUGUACCACCGGUUAUACACCCACCACGCAGGGUCCCCGAAGCACUCCGUGAACCACUUAAGAAGGAACUUGAUUCCUUAGAGUCGCAAGGCAUCAUUGUGAAGGUAUCAGAACCUACCAAUUGGGUGAACUCGCUUGUAUGUGUGACUAAACCCAACGGGUCACUUAGGCUUUGUUUGGACCCCAAAGAUCUAAAUAAGGCCAUUAAGCGGCCCCACCACUGUACACCAACCAUUGACGAAGUGCUUUCGAAGUUGAAUGGAGCACAAUAUUUUUCCAUUGUCGACGCCCGCAGCGGCUACUGGAAUAUUAAACUCGACCAGGAGAGUUCCCUGUACACUACUUUCAACACCCCCCAUGGUAGAUAUUGUUUUUAAGACUACCGUUUGGACUCAUAUGUGCGCAGGAUAUUUUUCAGAGAAAGGUCGAUGAAACAUUUGGAGACCUCCCUGGCGUAACAGGAAUCGCAGACGAUAUUGUAGUCCAUGGUAAAACCCGUCUGGAACAUGAUACAAAUCUCAGAGCUGUCAUGGAACGAGCAAAGAAUGCUGGCAUACGUUUCAACCGCGACAAGUGCAUCAUAGCCUGCAACAAGCUUCCAUUUUUUGGGCACAUCCUCACUAACGAAGGCCUGAAGUUGGACCCCAAGGAAGCAGAAGCGAUUUCUAACAUGGAUCCAUCUAGAAGCCUUGCCGAUCUACAAACCUUUCUAGGAAUGGUACAGUUCCUCAGCCGUUUCAUUCCCAACCUUGCAUCUGAGUCCGCAGUCCUCUGGGAUCUCACCAAGAAGAGCAGCGAGUUCCAGUGGAACCCGGAGCACCAAGCAGCAGUGAGCAAGAUCAAGAAACUGAUCACAGACCCAAGCUCUCUUCAGUAUUUUGAUAGCCGCAAGCCAGUGGUAAUUCAGGUCGACGCAUCUACCC